AUCAAGGCAAAGGGUGGCUACUUUGAAGAAUAUAAAAUAUAUUUUGAUUUGUUUAACACUUUUGUUUACUACAUGAUUCCAUGUGUGUUAUUUCAUAGUUCUGAUGUCUUCACUAUUAUUCUACAAUGUAGAAAAUACUAAAAUAAAGAAACCCUUGAAUGAUUUGGUGUCCAAACUUUUGACUGGUACUGUAUGUGUUUGUAGUGUAGGAUAUUGUGAUACAGCUGGUAUGUGUCUCAUGCAGGAUGCUGUGGCUACCUACAAGGAGACUCGCAACGGCCUGAUAGGACUGGACUAUUCCACAAAAUUUUCCCCAUGGUUGGCUAUAGGCUGUAUCUCCCCCAGGUAUAUCUACCAACAGAUCAAGAAGUACGAGAGUGAACGAACAGCCAAUCAGAGCACAUACUGGGUAGUAUUUGAGCUGCUUUGGAGAGACUAUUUCAAGUUUGUAGGAGCCAAAUACGGAGACAGAUUGUUUGACAUCAAAGGCCUUCAGGACAAAUCCAUCCCUUGGAAGAAGGACAUGAAUCUGUUCAAUGCAUGGAAAGAGGGUCGUACCGGGGUGCCGUUCGUUGACGCCAACAUGCGAGAGCUGGCGCUGACGGGGUUCAUGUCUAACAGGGGUCGCCAAAACGUAGCCAGCUUCCUCACCAAGGACCUGGGACUAGACUGGAGGAUGGGGGCCGAGUGGUUCCACUACCUUUUGGUGAGGCUCCUGGCCAGGGUUAGUGUUAGGGUUGGGACCUGGGUUAGGACCUGGGACUAGACUGGAGGAUGGGGGCCGAGUGGUUCCACUACUUACUGGUGAGGCUCCUGGCCAGGGUUAGUGUUAGGGUUGGGACCUGGGUUAGGACCUGGGACUAGACUGGAGGAUGGGGGUCGAGUGGUUCCACUACUUACUGGUGAGGCUGGUGCCCAAGACUAAAUCAACCCCUAGCCCCUAACUCUGACCCCUAGCCUCCCUCUGCACUUAGAU